GCGGCGCGGCGAGGCUUCAUGUGACGGGCGCCGCCGGCCGCGGGGUCUCUCUCCUUCCGUGGGCGCCGCACCGGGACCCGCUGCCCUCCCGCCGGCCCGGCCCCGGCCCAACCGCCCGCGCCUCCGCCCGGCUCCCGCUCGCGCGCAUGGCGGUCCCCGGCGGCGCCCGGCGAGGGCCGCUGCUCCUGCUGCUGCUGCUGCUGGGCCUUGUGCAGGGCGCGUCAGCUGUGUUCGUGGUGAGAGAUGGCAACGGGACAGCGUGUAUCAUGGCCAGCUUCUCUGCUGCCUUCUUGACCAGCUAUGACACCAAGAACGGUUCUAAGAAUGUGACCUUUGAGCUGCCGGCCAGUGCGAAAGUAUCAGAUAGCAGCUCCUGUGGCAAAGGCGGUGCUUCUGAUUCCAGUCUCGUGAUCGUGUUUGGAAGAGGCCACACGCUGACCCUCAAUUUCACAAGAAAUGCAACACGUUACAGUGUCCAGCUGAUGCGUUUUGUUUAUAACUUGUCAGACUCAGAGAUUUUCCCCAAUUCGAGCUCCAAGGAAGUCAAGACCGUGAAGUCCGUAACCGACAUCAAGGCAGACAUGAACAAGAAGUACAGGUGUGUGAGCGGCGACCAGAUCCACAUGGGCAACGUGACCGUCACGCUCCGCAAUGCCACCAUCCAGGCCUACGUCUCCAACAACAGCUUCAGCGGGGAGGAAACGCGCUGCACGCAAGACGGGCCCUCGCCUCCCACCCCGACGCCGCCGCCGCCCCAGCCCUCGCCCACUCCGGCGCCCCAGAGCCCCUGGGUGUCCAAGUACAGCGUGAACGGCACCAACGGGACCUGCCUGCUGGCCAGCAUGGGGCUGCAGCUGAACGUCACCUACAGGCUGAAGGACAACACGACGGUGACCAGAGAGUUCAACAUCAACCCCAACAAGACCACCUACGGGGGGAACUGCACGGCCCAGCUGGUGACCCUGGAGAUCCACAGCGGGAACCUGAGCCUGGCGCUGCAGUUCGCUAUGAACGCGACUUCCCGCCAGGUCUUCCUGCAGGGAGUCCUCCUGGGCAUGACUCUGCCCGACGCCUCAGACCCCGCCUUCCAGGCCUCCAACACCUCGCUGAGGGCACUGCAGGCCACCACCGGGAACUCCUACAAGUGCAACGCAGAGGAGCGUGUGCAGGUCACCAAGGCCUUCUCCCUCAACAUAUUCCGCGUGUGGGUCCAGGCGUUCCGCGUGGACGGGGGCAAGUUUGGGCCUGUGGAGGAGUGCCAGCUGGACGAGAACAGCAUGCUCAUCCCCAUCGCCGUGGGCGGCGCCCUGGCAGGGCUGGUCCUCAUCGUCCUCAUCGCCUACCUGAUCGGCCGGAAGAGGAGCCACGCCGGCUACCAGACCAUCUAGCCGGCCGCCCGCGCCCGCAGCAGCCGCACGGCCUCCGGCCGUUUCCCUGGGCUUAGGUUGCUGUUGAGGGGGGCACGUUUUCCUGCAAACUGGUUUUCAAAUCUGCUUUAUCUAAUGUGACGUUCACCCGGCCACAUUCACUAUGCACAAGAGAGUAACUGUGGAAAUGAUGGUGUUCAUUUUGCUAACUGGGUUAAAUAUUUUGCUAACUGGUUAAAGUUAAUAUUUACCAAAGUAGGACUCUAAGGGGGGUGGGGGGUAAGAGAGCUUUUCUAAAUGGGUACUGGCUCCACUGUCACUUGGCUUCUUAAGAUGCUGGUGUUUGGUCUCUUCACUCUUUACUCAGAUGUACGCCUCACAAAGGGAGAGUCUCUGGUCUGAAUGCUCUGAUGAAGGCUGGUAGCUGUGAGCCUGACGCGCUCGAAGAAAGUAGGAACGAGCAUCGUCGCGCGGGGCGGGGGCGCACGAGGAUGCAGACCUGGGAGGCUUCAACGAAGCUUAGAAGCCAGGGCGGGGCCGGCCCCUCGAGCACCAGGGCUCCUGGGCGCCAGGUCCUGGCACUUUUUAAAAUAGGAGAGUGGGUGUUAUUUUUGUUUACUUUUUUGUAAAGUGACUUUCCGUCUUCUGUUGGGGUUCGGGGUGGCCCUUCGUCCGCACUGUGCGCAGGGAUCGUCUCUGACGCGUCGGGCUGUGCCGAGGGCCCGCCCCUCCUGGGACACGUUGCCGUAACGAUGCUAAUAAAACGUCUCUGUCUGUCUGGA